UUAACAUCAUGGCGGCGUCACUACGAAAAUAUGAGCUGAUUUUCGGUGAUUGAAAACUUCCAGGAAAAAAACAGAUGUGAACAUGCAUAGCGACAAGAAAAUAACCAAGGAAGAUACAUGGAGACCAGCUGACCUGAGAAGACAUAUCAGGGAAGAAGGACAUGGUGAUGACUAUGUCAGGAGGAGAGAUGACAAGGAGAGAAAGCACCGAGGUGGGGAAUCCGUAGAGAGACGCCGCAGAGACCCGGAGAAGGAGUCCAGACGAGACAGAGACAAGCACAGGGAAAGGGAGGGUACGAGAGAAAGAAGAGAUGAAGACAGAAAAGACAGAUAUGCUGAGCGAAGUAAAGAGGCCUCACGGGACAGGAGAGGUGAUAAAGAAAGGGACCGAAGAGAUGAGAGGGACAGAGACACAGAGAAGAGGAAGGAACGGGACACACUGGUAGAUGGAAAAAGGCACAGUUAUGAUUAUAGAGAGAACAGUUACAGUAGGCGGAAUAGAGAGGAAAAACAUGAUAGGGAAAGAGAGAAGGAAAGACACAGAGAUAAAGAGAGAGACAGGGCAAAGGAUAGAGAGAGACACAAUGAGGAGGACAGGGACAAGAGGAGGGAAGAGAGAGACAAGGAAAGAAGGAGAGAGGAACAGCAUAGAGAGCACAAGAUUGAGAGGGAGAGAAAGAGACAUGAAGAAAGUGGAGAAGGAGGAAGAGAUCAGAUAGAAAAGUAUGAUAGAGAACAAAGAGACCGGCAUCGGGAGAGAGAGCGACACAAAGAUGAUUAUGAAGAAAAGAGGAAUGACAAAGACAGACGGGAAAGACAUGGAGACAGGAAGCAUUCAGAACGGAAAGAGGAAAGAGAGAAUAGAGAAGAACACAGAAGACAUAAAGAGGAGAGAGAAAGGAGACACAAAGAGAGAGGAUAUCAUGAUGAAAACCUGAAGCGUGACGGUGAAUCCAGGGAGCAUCAAGACUUGAAGAGGUCAGGUGAAAAGGAAAGGCAUCAUCGUGGUGACAGAGAGCGAACCGAAUGGGACAAACACAGAGAGAGAAGGCACAGAGAGGAAGAAGAUCCAGAGAAAAAACACAAAGAGAGAAGGCACAGAGGAGAAGAAGAUGACCCACAGAAAAAACACAAAGAGAGAAAGCACAGAGAGGAAGAAGAUCCAGAGAAAAAACACAAAGAGAGAAGGCACAGAGAAGAUAAAGACCUAGUAACAAAUCAUGCAGAAAGAAUCAGCCCCAAGAAAUCAGCCUCUGACAAAAGUCAUAGACAUGAGACUAAUGCAGUAGAAACAGAGGAAGUUGAGAUCGUGUCUGAGCACUGGACAACUAGUGUGAAAGAUGUAGGAGACACAGAAGAGCUAGUUGUCAACAAUGAAGAUUUAGUUGACCAGGAAUAUGAGGAUGAUUUUGAGGACUAUGAGGAAGAUUUUGAGGAGCUGGAUCAGAGUGAAAAUGAAGGUGAUGAUGAGAAGGAGCCGGAGUUUCCACAAGUGGGAGAAGAAAGAGAGGAACCUAUGACACAAAAGAGAAAGGAGAUAGAAGCCAUUCAGAGAGCAAUGAAUGAGGAGAAUGAGAGAGUUGGAACAACUCAGUCCAGACAAAGUAUGAGCAGAGGAGAGGAAGACACGCCUAAACGGUCCAGAGGAUCUGAGAAGAACCAGAGUCGAGCCUCUUCACGUGGGAGGUUUAUUGACUUUGUUGCAGCAAAACAGCGCGACGUGAGCAAGAAAGUUGCCACAAAACAAAAGAAACGCAGCACAGAGCUCCUUCGCUUAAUUGAUCUGGAUUUCUCAAUGACAUUCUCCCUUUUGGAUCUGCCUCCCGUCAAUGAAUAUGACAUGUAUAUUAGAACCUUUGGAACUGCAAAUACCAAACAGGCUUAUGUUCAGUGUAAUGAGGAUAAUGCAGAUCGAGACAUUCAAACAGACGAGAUAGAAGUGUGUGAGAAGUGGACGCAGCAUCCUCCAGAGCACAAUGGAGCCUGUGGAGAUCCAAACCUCUCUCAGGAAGCGCGAGAAAAAAACAUGAAUGAGAUGAACUUUGAUUCCCAGCGUCUCACAGCAUUCCUGCACUCAGCCUCACAGGUCAUGGUUGUCCUGUUGGAAGAGGUUCAAGCGGAGAGAAAAUCCCGGCAGAAGUUGAGGACUCAAACAGACACACUGUCUUUCAGCGAUGGAAGUUUACAGCUCAACACUAAGUUGCCUUUUCUUUAUGGUCGCCACAUCAGCCUGGUGCACUUCUCUCAGGUCCAGAGACACACCAUGAUGUCAGUCCACACGCCUACAACUAAGCCCAGCGCUGUGCGUCUUGACAGCUUCACCAUCAUCUGCAUCUGGAACAUCUGGGAGCCAUCCAGACCUCAGAAGAUCCUUGUCUACGAAUCUGAGGUGCAGUGUUGCUGUUUCAGCCCUGGAAAGGCCAUAUUGGUGUUUGCAGGCACAUCAGUUGGCUCUGUGCUGCUGUGGGACCUGAGGGAGCAUGCUGGUAAUCACUACCGCCUGAAGAUAGGGGAGGAUGAGUGGACCUUCAGACAGCCUACCUUCUCCACCGAUGCAGUAAUGGGCGGCUCAGGCCAUUUCUCAUCUGUGACGUCUGUAGAAGUUGUCCCCUCCACUGUAGCGGGGGGGCUGAGGCCAGAUGUCCCCCUGUUGGCAUCUGAGGAAGAGUCAUCAGGAUUGUCAUUCCAGUUGGCUUCUCUGGAUGAAAGCGGGGUUUUAAAUUUCUGGGUGGUAGUGGAACUCCCAAAAGCCAACGAGGCAGGCUCUCCAACAGAUCUAGGGCUCAGGCCUGGGGGCAAAAUAAAGUUGCUUCACAGCUCUUCCCUACGCACUGCUGAGAGGGUGUCACCACGAGAUGCAGUGAAGACCGGGCCAUUACAGACUCUUCAUUUAAAGUUUCUUCCAACUGACUCCAAUCAUUUCUUUAUUGGCACCAAUAUGGGUCUGGUCAGUCAUGGAACGAGUCAUGGUUUGAAGGCUCCUCCAAAGUUUUACAGGUUUCAGGGGGCUGGAGUUCGACCUGUUGAUGUCAGCUCAAUCCACUUUUCUCCCUUCAGACAAAACUUGUUCUUGGUGGGUUGUACGGAUGGCAGCAUCAGGCUGCAUGCAGUCAGCCAUGAACAGCCUGUGGCAGAGUGGAAGAACAGUACAGCAGGUGAAGCGGUGGUCUCACUGCAGUGGACCCAAACCAGGCCGACAGUCUUCUGUGUUCUUGAUGCAGUCUCUAACCUCCACAUAUGGGACCUGAUGAAAAAUGACACAGAGCCUGUGGUCACUGAGAGGAUGUCUGCGGAUAGAGUGACAGCCAUGGCCGUGUUUGGAGACUCAGGACAACAAAACACAUAUUCAGGAAUAGCCCUGGUGCAUGAGUCAGGAAAAAUAGAAAUGCACUAUUUCACAAGAAAUUUUACCGUGCCCGUUCCUGCAGAAGAGGAGAAGUUGGAGAGUAUGAUGACUGAAGGCUUCUGAAUUGCUGCAUCUGAAAUGGCUGCAUUUAGUCUGAAAUGACUGCAUUUAGACUGAUGAUUUGCUGCAUUUUUAAACUCCUGAAGAGCAAAGAUCAAUUUAUAGAUCUGUUUUCUGUCUAUUUGUAUAGUAUAUGUCAUAAUUAAAUUUGAUAUGUGUUAGGUUUUUCUUCUGAAACUGAUGACACAUGGCUAAAAUUUUCACAUUAACAUAGCAAUAAGAGGAAUGUGGCUGAAUACCAAAGAUCCUAUAUAGGGGCCACGGUUCAUUUAAUAUCCUCCAUAAAAUGUUAUAAGAAAACAUAUAAUGUAAAAUUUUGUUGAUGUAAAUAUUUAUACUCUUUGACUGAUGAAAUAUUUGUAUGGUGGUAAUGACUUUAACUUUUGUACAGUAAACUAUGUAAAUCUUUA